ACAAGACGCCGUGUGGCAAGACCACCGCGCAAACGUCCAAAGUAAGUUAUCAAUAGAAUUGACACUCUCUCAUAUACCACUCACAUAUAUGCGGUAUCACUUCUUUUCACUUCUCUCAUAAACUUUUGACUUCCACCAAGCUUCACCUACCAUACACAUCACUCACCCCGAGUUCUUCAUACGAUGGCGUGUGCCGUAUCACAGAUAUCCGCACCCGGACCUAGUCGCUAUACACACAUACCUGCAGUAUGGAGAUUCGCUGCAACAACGCGUUCAGACACGGUAUUACUGUCGGGCGAAGACCACGAUGAGGACACGAAGGAAAGGCAGCGACGGACUUCAUCUCGACGAAUCCGGCCAAGCGCACGUGCAGUACGCGCUCCUCCUUCGAUCAAUCGAGUUUGUGUGGAAUUUGUUCCGCACUAUCGUCAACGCCAACGCCCUACCUCUUCGCCACUGACGUCGACUUUGGAUACAGACUUGACCAACCCAUUUACCAAGGAAUUUAUAUCGUGUGCAAGAGAUGGAGAGGUCGCCUUACAUUCGGGCGAUCCACACUCCAAUUUCGCAACUCAUGAAGCAGGUCAGGGAAAGACCGGGUCGGCCUCUCAUUUGCUUCGGAAAUUGCAGGAUGCCACAGCGUGUGCACAGCCAACAUGUGUUCGCGACGAGGUCCCAGAGCGCCCAAUAGCCCUUGUGUUCGCAGUAUUUGAAGAGGAGGAGCAGGCUUCACCUAUUCAAGAUGCCAUCUCACACGACAUGCUCGCUCUGAACCCAGCCAAAUCCACAGAUAGUCGACGUAUUCAAUUGGGAAGUGUCUUUGCUUCCGAUUCUUUAGAUAUUAGCCCUUACGAUAAUUGUCUUUCCGAAGAGGAACUCCUCAGAAGCCUUCGUGUUAACAAACUCAACCUUUUCCUUGAAUCCGACCAUCCUGAACAAUCCCCUCACAUUGUCAUCAGUCCUCCCGAGUCCCCCGAAGACGGUUACUACGGAUACAUCUACAAUGAUGUGGAGUCGCAAUGUGGCGCAUACCUGUGUGUACCGCCUCGAGUUGAAGGACAUGGCGAGAUCACCAUCUUGCCUCCCGACGACCGACGUUCUGCCUGGAAGAGUGUCCUAGUAGAUUCCGGUACUAAGGCUCCUUGCCCAUGGCGAACGGAUGAUUUGGCGCCGCCUGCCACUGAACUAACCGCUGAGCCGUUAGAUGGUCCUCAUGUUUUCUCACCGUCCAAUUACAACGAGGAGAUCGAUUUGGCCUCAACAGAGAGGCUCGUGAUGUACCACGUUGUGCCUGCCUUACAUCGAACUAUCUAUAAAGUUGCCGCGAUACAGGCGAGCAUACUAGCUGCGGAAUUCCGAAGAAACUGGGAUUCUCCAGACUUUGCGUGGAGCGUCGAGAAGCCAUUUCAAUGGACUGACCCUGCGGAGCCUCUCCUCGCCUAUCACCAUCGUCAAACUCGUUCACUUAUUCUUGACUCCGCUGAACCAUUCCUAGCCCCCCAUAUCAUUAUCGAGGAAGCUGAGCCUCAGGAUCCCGACGAACCUUAUGUCAGCGGUACUCGGAAUCCACAAGACUACGCUUUCGGUCAACUUCUGAUCGUUCCUGCACGAUAUGUGAACCUGAUCAAUGUAAGGCGACUAGGUGAGGACAGCUACGAUGAAGACGAGGACGAAGACGAAGAUGACGACGAAGAUGACGAAAUUAUCGGCGAGGACGAAGGCGAAUAUGACGAAGUCAUCGAUGAAGUCGAGUCCCUCGAAGCUAUCCCAGAUAUGUACCCGGAUUCAUCGUCUGACUCGGAUGGCCCUUCAUCGCCUUCAUCGCCUCUGGAUGCGACCUGGUUGGACUACUCCCAAUUUUCCGAUGAAGUGAUCAGCAAGGACGGGCCAGCCGAUCUAUUUGAUGAACCCGAAUAUGCAAUUGACGAGGACGACGAUGAACUACCUCCUUUCGAUGACUGGUAUGUCAGUGUUGCGCAGCGUUCUAUAUGAUGCCAGGCUGCUGCGUUUGGGGCUUUGAACCCCAUUUGGAAAGGAGGUCGUAUGUUUGCCUGGUGUUUCGAGCAUACCCACAUGUUAUUCUACGUGAUACCUGUAGUUCGUCACAUCACCCUCUGGACUUUUGGCUUACAUGUAUGCUUACUUACUGACUUUUGCCCUUUGAAUUGGACAAUUUUUACUUCUCCUC